CUGUUCAGUCUGACCAUGCAGUCCUUGACCGAGGAGAUCCAGAGUUUCUCUCGGACGCGACUGAGGAAGCAGUGCACCCGUGUGACCUCACUGAGUGGCCGCCGCAUCAUCGAGACUUGGAAGGGUUCAACAAUCACUGUGGUUGAAGAUCCCGUCACCCCAGAGAAGAUGCUGGGAUAUAUCCCUGACACUUCCUGGGACCUGCAGGUCGGCAUUGUGAAGCCCUUCCUGUUGCUGGGUUCUCAAGAUGCUGCCCAUGACUUCGGCACGCUGAGAAAACACAAGGUGUCUCACAUCCUGAAUGUGGCUUUCGGGGUGGAGAAUGCGUUCCCGGACCUGUUCAUCUAUAAGACCGUCAGUAUUCUGGAUCAUCCUGACACUGAUCUCCUCCCUCACCUCCAGGAAUGCUGCGACUUUAUCCAGCAGGCUCACACUGAGAAAGGUGUGGUGCUGGUCCACUGCAACGCUGGGGUGUCACGUGCACCAUCUGUCGUCAUUGGCUACCUGAUGUCAUGCGAUGGCCAGUCCUUCGACGCCGCCCUCUCAUUGGUCAAAUCAGCUAGGCCCGCCUCCUCACCCAACCCUGGCUUCCUGGAACAACUGAGGAACUACAAAACGCCAGCAAUGAAUGGGUCCUGA